AUGGUCCCCGCCGCACGUGCCCCGCGCCCUGCCCCCGAGCUCGGCCCGACGCCGCCUAGACGCCGCCCCUGUCCUGGACGUCGGCCCCAUCCUGAGCUCGCCCGGACGCCACCUCGACGCCACCCCAUCCUCGCCCCGAGCUCGCCUCGGACGCCACCUCUCCGCCGCCCCCCGUCCCCGACGCCGGCCCCGCCCGAGCUCUCUCGGACGCCACCUAGACGCCGCCCCCGUCCCCAACACCGGCCCCGCCCCGAGCUCGUCCGGACGGCACCUCGACCGCGUCCCCAACACCGGGUGGUCGUCCCCGACGCUGGUCCCGCUCCGAGCUCGCCGGACGUUGACGCCGCGGGCCGCAAGGCCGCCGACGGGCUGCUCGCGCGCGUCGAGUCCGCGCUCUCCGCCGCCGCCUCGGCCGCCAACGCGUUGUUGAGGGCGUUCGACCCGUCGGGCAAGAAGAGGAGGCUCUGCGUGCUCGAGCUCGUCGGUGACGACCACCCGGGCCUCCUUUCCGAGGACACCGGCGCGCUCAUCCACGAGGCGGCCCGGAUCAAGCGCAUCGAGUCCCGCCUCCGGCCUCGAGCUCAUGCGCACCGCGGGGCCCUCGCCGCCAUCAUGCUACCACCGCUCGUCGCGGCGCCCUCCGCCGUCAACCUCCACCACGCGGGCUCGGCCAUGGCUGCGCCACCACGAGCAGGUGCGCCCGCAACGGCGCCGCUCCUCCGCCGUCCGCCCGCCCGACGGCCGCCGCGCCUCCGCCAUCAGCCUCUCCUCACGCGCGGGCCAUCCGCUCCUGUUGACGUGAUUAUGGAGGACGGAGGAGAGAGGGAGGCGUGA